UUUGAGGCCCCGGGGCCUUUCUCAGAGCAGGCCAGUCUGCUGGACCUAGACUUCGACCCCCUUCCACCCGUGGCGAGCCCUGUGAAGGCACCCACGCCCUCUGGCCAGCCAAUUCCGUGGGACCUGUGGGAGCCCACAGAGAGUCCAGCUGGCAGCCUGCCUUCUGGGGAGCCCAGCGCUGCCGAGGGCACCUUUGCUGUGGCCUGGCCUAGCCAGACGGCUGAGCCAGGGCCUGCCCAACCAGCAGAGGCCUCGGAGGUGGCGGGUGGGACCCAACCUGCGGCUGGUGCCCAGGAGCCUGGGGAGACAGCAGCAAGUGAAGCAGCCUCCAGCUCUCUUCCUGCUGUUGUGGUGGAGACCUUUCCAGCAACGGUGAAUGGUACUGUGGAGGGCGGCAGCGGGCCUGGGCGCUUGGACCUGCCCCCAGGGUUCAUGUUCAAGGUGCAGGCCCAGCACGACUACACAGCCACUGACACAGACGAGCUGCAGCUCAAGGCUGGCGACGUGGUGUUGGUGAUCCCCUUCCAGAACCCAGAAGAGCAGGAUGAAGGCUGGCUCAUGGGCGUGAAGGAGAGCGACUGGAACCAGCACAAGGAGCUGGAGAAAUGCCGGGGAGUCUUCCCUGAGAACUUCACCGAGCGGGUGCAGUGACGGUGGCACCGAACAGCCCCCUGGGUGUGUGAAGAACGCCUUUUCCCGGAAAAUGUGUGUUUCUCUCUCGUUUUUUUUUUUUUUUUUUUCUUUUCCGUUUUUGCUUUUAAACUUUUGGAAAGCAAAGGGAAAUCAAGAGGAGAGACCUUAUCUGAGAGGUGUUCUCCCAAAGAUUAGGUUGUUUUCAAGAGCCCGGCCCAGCAAGCCCGGUGGAAUCUGCCAGUGUUCCUGAAGCUGCUGUGACCCCCAGUUGAGUUCCCGGCGCCCUCCUGCGCCGCAUGUGUGCCCGGCCAUAGGGCGGGGUGGGGCCAUUGAGCCAGGCCACUUGCCUGAAGCUUGGGCCGUGCCACCGGGGCAGCGGUCCUCUUCUUGGCAGCUGCUGUGGGUGGGGCCCAGACAGCAGCCCAGCCUGGCCCCGCCCUGCAGACCGUCUGUGUGCUGUUUGAAAAUAAAUCUUAGUGUUCAAAACAAAAUUAAACAAAAAACUGACAAAAACACUCAGAAAA